UUCUUUUUUUAGAUUCUUGUGGCGGCGGAACACAAGUUGAACAACUCCAGCUGGGAUGGUCAUUUGACUCACUUGUUAUAGCAAACGUUCACCAAUUCUUAAACGCCAAGGAUAUUAGCAGUUCGUACACACAUGGCUCUCACUUCCUAAACCGUUUCGUAGGCGCUUUGAGCGAGAGAACAAAAUUAUAUUCACGAAAAGUUCAUAUAGCAGCCCUGCUUCAGAACUUUUAUCGCUCGCCUUUAAAUUUGCGUCUGACAUUUUAUAGCUGAGCACUAUCCCUUGAAACAUGUCCGCCACUCAUGGGAAGUCAGACGCUGCGGUGCAAGAGGAUCAAGUCGCUCUCGGUUAUGAUGUCUUGUCUCAAGUCGGUCGUGCAGAAGGCAUCGGGAGGGACUAUCAGCUCAAGUGUAAUCUCAUUAAUAGAUGUUUUCAAGAAGAGAUUGGCUUUGGUCGCUAUCAAUGGCAGCUCUUUGUUAUUACUGGUCUAGGAUGGCUCGCAGACAAUCUCUGGCUGCAAGGUUUGGCAAUCGUACUUCCCCAGGUACAACAGGAGCUUAACCCGGUUCGGGUCGAGUACGCUGUCCUAGCAGAAUUCGCUGGAUUGAUUGUUGGCGCCACAACAUGGGGCAUCAUGGCUGACCUUGUCGGAAGAACCUUAUCUUUCAAUAUUACGCUCUUUCUCGCCGGCCUCUUUGGAUUGGCAGCAGCAGGUGCACCCAAUUUUGUGAUAUUUUGUUCCCUUAUAGCAUGCAUGGGCUUUGGUGUCGGCGGAAAUUUGCCUGUUGAUGGCGCCUUGUAUUUGGAACAUAUUCCACAGUCUCAUCAGUGGACUUUAACUCUUCUGUCGGUCUGGUGGGCGUUAGGACAAUUGGUAGCAUCUUUAAUCAGUUGGGCUUUCAUUGCCAACUUCUCUUGUAACCCGUCGAUACCAAGUGGCCAGUGCGCCAAAUCUGCCAACAUGGGAUGGCGAUACACAUUGUAUACCCUCGGGGCUUUGACGUUCUUGAUGUUUAUAUGUCGCUUCUUUGUGUUUGACGUGCAGGAGUCGUCGAAAUUUCUGGUGGCGCAAGGUCGUGACGAAGAAGCCAUUAAGGUCCUGGAACACAUUGCAAAGCGUAACGGUAGGACUAUUACACUCAAACUCGAAGAUCUGCAGGCAAUAUCUGGUGAAACAACAUCUAAGACGGUACCGAAUUUGUCCACUAGCGUCUGGAAUUCCUUUUCUAAAAUGUCGCUCUCGCACGUCCGUCCGCUCUUUUCUAACAGGCGCUUGGUAAUCAACACGACCCUCAUCAUCGUUAUCUGGGGUUUAAUUGGCAUCGCAUACCCACUCUUCAAUGCCUAUCUCCCACUUUAUCUUUCCGCACAAGGUUCGGCAUCCGGUUCGUCAAGCGUGAGCGAGACAUACCGCAACUACUCGAUCGUAUCCGUCCUUGGCAUCCCCGGGUCUCUCAUUGCCUGUGCGACCGUUGACUAUACUCGUGGCUCUGGUCGGUGGCUCGUAGGGGGACGGAAACUUGUGUUGGCCGUGUCAACUAUGCUGACUGGACUCUUCCUCUUCUUGUUCACAACGAGCAAGACGACGGCUGCAGUGCUCGGGUAUUCUUGUGCUUCUGGUCUCACUCAGAAUGCGAUGUAUGGAGUCUUGUAUGCGUAUGUGAGUGAUAUACUGGAGGAGCUGUCCAAGAUCCUGAAAUGUGACCCCAAACCGUGUAGACCCCAGAGGUCUUCCCGGCACCUCACCGUGGGACGGGCGACGCACUCUGUUCUGCGCUGAACCGCAUCGGCGGACUUAUUGCCCCUCUUAUCAAGAUUGCCACAACACCGCUCAGUGGCAAUACAUCAGUAAACACGGCAAAUGGUCCUGUCUUUGUGUCUGCUGCGUUAUUUAUGGUUGCAGCCAUCUUGACGAUAUUACUUCCUAUCGAAACUGCGGGCAAGAUGGCUUUAUGAGUCUCACGCACACGGUAUGUUUGGACCCGUGAUGAUUCGAACCUCGUGUCUAGUCGUAUAAUUAAAACAUACACCGAAUGAUCUAUUUAUGAUCAA